AGAAAUAUAAGAAGCCCACCUUACUCCAAUUUGAAGCUCCCAUGUCUAGAGGUAUACAACCACAUAUCUUAUAGGUACUUUCACACACUCAAAACCUCUCUCUCUCUCUGAUCUCUCUCUGCAAUGAAAGAACAAAUGGUCAAUCAAGAGUGGGACUUCUCAGCUAGCUCUUCUUCAUCUCUAGAACAACCCAUGACACACAAAAAGAACUCCAAGUUGAAAACUACUACCACCAGUGAUCAUCAUCUUCACAAUCAUGGCCACUCCAAAGCCAAAACGACAAGUAGUAACAGUCAUAACGGGGAAACGCAGAAAAUGACGUCAUUUCGAGGAGUGAGAAUGCGCCAAUGGGGAAAAUGGGUGUCGGAGAUAAGAGAACCCAAGAAAAAGUCCCGAAUUUGGCUCGGCACUUUCCCCACCGCCGAAAUGGCCGCCCGUGCCCACGACGUCGCCGCUCUCACCAUCAAAGGCCGUUCGGCCCACCUUAACUUCCCGGAACUUGCACCGGCGCUUCCCCGUCCGGCAAGCUCAUCGCCGAAGGACAUCCAGGCCGCCGCCGCAAAAGCCGCCGCAUAUUGUACUAGUAAUUUCUCUACAACUACGUCCACAAGUGAAGACGGCGACGAGGAUCAUCAAACGUCGUCGUCACCAGAUAGCACAACGACAGCCGAAACGUCGUCGUUUAUCUCGACUUCGCCGUUAAUAGCAGAUAACGGCGACGGCGACGACACAUUUUUCGACCUGCCUGAUCUUUUGCUGGACGUUUGUAAACAGAAAAACGGUGAUUUUUGUGCUUACUAUUCACCGUGGCCAUUGGAUGAAGCUGCUGAUAAUCAUGCGGCUCUCAUUGGCUGCUCUAGGCUCAUUGAUGAAGAUUAUUCUUUGCCAUGGGAAUAUUAACUGCUAAUUAAGUAAUUAAUUAGUAGUGGUCAUGCUUUUACAAAAUUCCAAAACUUGGUGAAUUUUGGGUUUAGAUUAAAUUAAUUAAGUUAAAGCUGUCAACUGAGCUCUCUAAAGAUUUUUUUGUAUAAUUUAAUUAUUAUCUCUGUCCAAGUUAUGUGUAUUUAUAGAAUAAUUAAGAUAAGUUCUUAACUUGUUAUUAUCAUUUAAAAAAAAAAAAAAAAAAUCAUCUUGGAUGUGCCCACUUGUAUAUAUUUGUGAAAUAAUAAUAAUAAUAAUGGUAAAUUCUCGCAGCACCCCUUAAAUAGGGGCACACCGGAGUACUCCUGAUAUUUUUGGCUCAAAAAGUAUUUUUGGAAAUUUUUCUUUAUGAUUGUGUAAAAUGUAAUUAUUUAGAACAUCUUUCAAAUUUUCAGAAAAUUUCGAAUAAUUUACAUUUGCGAAAAUAAGGUUCAAACAUGUUAUCUUCUACGGGCAUAAAAAGAAUUAGUUACACGGCAACAAUCUGUUUUGAACCUAGUUUUCGGCAUUGUAAAUUAUUCAGAAUUUUUUGAAAAUUUACAGAA